CUAAUGAAGCUAUGUAGACUGUAACACAAGUUUUCAGAGUGCACUAAAGGGGAUGCUGCCUGUGCACGGACUACUAGUCCGCAGGGCCAGCACAAAGCCACGCUUCAUUCCUGAGCUCUGCCACACAUGAGUGCUUAGAGAAAGCUGCCCUCCAGGCGCUGGAAUCUAUAGCCCUGUGGAGCCUGCAGAUAAGGCCGUGCGUAUGUGUGCUUUGGAAGGGCUCACGUUACACACUGAAACCCUUGCCACCCAGGAACUGUUACCAUAUGAAAGCAGACUGUUUUGAAAGGAGAGCACCGCCUGGUUCGGCUCUUUGUGUCAGCGCGAUAACACCGGCUAUGCCAGACGGAACGUGUUAAAUUGUCUCUAUCACAGCUAAUGAGUUAGAGGUCAGUGGCUGAGGAUUUCUUAGACCACCUCCGCAAGCCACACAGAAAGGCUGUGAUCCAAAGCAGUUUACUGGAGAGGAGCUGGAAGCAGAAGAUGCCACGCUGGUCGAUACAUGUACCAUGAGGAGCACAGGAGAGCUACGCUAAAGAUAGACGGGAGAAAACAGUUCACCUGGACACAUUUCACAGGUCACAUUGAGCCCAUGCGGUGGUCCAUGCUAGCCCUGCUGCUCUUGUCCUGCAGCCAGAUGUUUGCCCAGCGCCCAGGUGACAUCUGUCCACAAAACACUGACCACGGACAGCAUGAUGUCACGGCCAACCCUGUGCCGACCGUGGAUCCUAAACUCUUCAACAAGAGACGGUACCGCUCACCCCGUGUUCUGUUCAGCGAACAGCCCCCCGACUCAGAGCCCGCUGGGCAACAGACGAGGAGCAGGACAAAGAGAAAAGCAGGAGCACCUCAACAUCGCGGAGUUUACUCCGUCUGCGAGAGCAUUAGCACUUGGGAGGGAAAUAAAACCAAAGCUACAGACAUCUCGGGCAACGAGGUCACCGUCUUGCCCGACGUAAUCAUCAACAACUCCAAGAAAAAGCAGUACUUUUUUGAGACGACGUGCAGCAGCGGGCGGACCGGAGGAUCCGGGUGUUUGGGAAUUGAUGCACGCCAUUGGAACUCGUACUGUACCAAUUCACACACGUUUGUGCGAGCGUUGACUUCAUUCAAGAACCUGGUGGCGUGGAGACUCAUAAGAAUCAAUGUAGCUUGUGUGUGUGUGCUGAGCCGAAAGUCUUGGAGACAGUAACAAACUGGCUGCUUUUCCACACGCCAAACUCAUAUUCCUCCGUGUGAUGGUGGACAUUUUCCUUGUGCAAACCAUUAAUGACAACUUCUGACAUAAAACAGACCAUCUAAGGAGGAUAAAUACGAUGUGUUUUUUUGUCAUUUCUUUUUUAUGCAUUUCUAUCUUGUUAAGAUAAUUGUUUUCUUUUGCAGCAGUACGAGAACAUGUACAUUGUUGUGUGUGGUAAUUGUUAUUUAUUAAACCGCAUCAUUAUUGUCUAGUUUAUUUUGUGCAUAUUAGGAAAUGAGGUCAUGAAACAUUUUGAGUUAAAUACAACUUAAAAUUAAAAGUCUGUCAUCAUUUACUCGUACUUGAAAACCUCAGUCUCUGUUCAUUAUAAUUGCACUGACCUUUUGUCAUCUUUUUGGUUCUGUAGAAGAAAUAAAGUCAUACAGGUUUGGAACGACAUGAGAGCGAGUAAAUGAUGACAAAUUUAACUUUUGGAUGAACUUAUUGUCAAUGUGACUUUAAAAGUAACCUAAUUUACUAACUAAAACGUGUUCCUGGUAUUAUUGGUGCACAUUAUUCCAAAGAAAACAAACGACUUUUAUUUUUGGCUGAUGUCCAUGUGGAGUGCCCCUCCAACCACUUGUCAACAAAUUUCCACAGACAGCUUGUCAGUCAGUCACCAAUGGUUUAAAAAGUCUUGGGCCCAGUUGCAAGAAGUGUAUUGUCAAGGGUUUUCUUAACCUUAGGGACUUCUUACAGACGUCUA